AUGAGGCCUGCCCAAGAAAGUAAUGUCUUCAGGCGUCUCCGAGCAUAUUCUGGCAUAAGUCCCACACCUCCAGGAGAGGAGAGUUUGGAUACAUGGAUGGAGCAAGCACAGCUAAUGGUGGAUGAGAGUGACUGUUCCAUUCGAGAAAAACGGAAAAGGAUCGUAGAAAGCUUGAAAGGACCUGCUCUGGAAAUUGCUCAAGCCGUACGGACUGAUGAUCCAGAUGCAUCCCCAGAGGAAUAUAUUGAAGCUCUGGAAAGAGCGUUUGGAUCACCAGAGAGUCCUGAGGAUCUCUACUUCUCCUUCAGAGCCUUACGUCAAAGCACAGGUGAAAGUCUUUCAGAUUUUUUACGGAGAGUGGAGCGAAAGCUAACAAAAGUUGUUCAGCGAGGAGGGAUAACUCCCAACCUGAGGGACAGUGCACGUGUGGAACAGCUCCUUCGUGGAGCCACAGAGUCCGAAAUACUGCUACUACAGUUACGCCUAAGAGAAAGAAAGCGUAAUCCUCCUCCCUUCCUGACACUGUUGAAUGAAAUCAGAGAAGAAGAGUUUCAACAAUCAGUGAGGAAGAAAAAUAUGGCUCCUUCAGCUAGAUCGAUUGUCAGGCAGGUGAGGGUGGAAGAUGAAAAUAAGUCAGAAUCUGAAGUUCAGGAGCUGCAGGCUCAAGUCAAAAUGCUGCAGUCCCAAGUGGCUGAACUCACAACUGGACAGUUGAAAGCCACCUCGAAUGCUCAAAAAGUAUUCCACACAGAUGAAAUUAAACCCAGAGAAAAUUAUGAAGUUCAGGCUUUAAGAAAACAAGUUGAGGAUGUGCAACAUCAUCUCAAUAUGAUGACUGUGACACACACAAAUCCUCCUCAGUCUAAAGGUGCAAGAUGGAGACCGGAAAACCAAGCAAAUAAAGUGAAUAAAGCUCCCUCUCACCUCAGUAGCCCAAGAACUACUCACACCAACCAUGACGAAGAGGAUUUCUUCUGUUACAGAUGUGGGGAAGGAGGACAUGUGUCUACUCAUUGUACAGCCCCUGAAGACAAUGGCAAAGUCAUUCAGAAACUGAUUCGUUCUCUGAGAAGGCAAAAAAGAAAUAAUGAGAUAAACAAACAGGAAAAAGAGACCUCAAGUACCAACUGCUCUGUCAAAAGAAAUGCAGUUGAGACCCAACAUGCUACAGGCAUCCCUAAGGGACUAGUAGGAGAGGCCUCGCUCAGUAAAGUAAUCAUUGAAGGUCAACCAACCAAUGCCCUGAUGGACAGUGGUUCUAGUGUUACCAUAAUAUUUGAAAGUUGGUACACAGACCAUUUGUCCCACUUACCUCUUCAUCCUAUUUCCAGCUUGGCACUUUGGGGACUCAGUGAAUCCUGCUAUCCAUACAAGGGCUAUAUAGCUAUGAAUGUUGAGUUCUUGGAGGAUGGUCUUCACACAGAGCCAACGACAGUGUUAGCCCUAGUCUGCCCCGACCCUAAGGGUCCAGACCAGGCCCCAGUAAUCAUGGGAACCAACGCCUGUCGUUUUCAUCACCAGCCCAAGACUCCAGAUGAAGCUGAAUGCCAUGGACAGGCUCAGUCAUGGCGAGUUUCUGUCAGUACACCAAAGACCUUUAAACAGAAACACCCCUCACGCCAGCUGGAUGAUAAUGUUGGACACAUAAAAUGGAUGGGUCCUGGACCUCUUAAGAUCCCCCCUGGUGGUUCAGCCCUGGCAGCCUGUAAAGUCAUUGCAAAAGUGUCUUGGGAGCAGGAUAUGUUGGUGGUUGAGCCUCCUGAGCAGCCCUCUCUCCCAGAUGGAAUACUGGUGCCACCAUGUGUUCUCUUACCAUCUGACAUGAAUGUAAACAACUUCUCACUGGUGCUAAAAAACGAGUCAAUCAAGCCCAAAGCCAUCCCUAAGGGCACCAUUGUGGCAUGUAUUCAUAAAGCCAACGUUGUGACCGAGUUACACAAAGGCCAAGAGUCAAGUCAAACAAUAGAUCCUGGAUUGUUUGAUUUUGGCGACUCUCCAAUCCCAAGUGCCUGGAAGGAGAGGCUUGCUCAUAAGCUAUCAGAGAAAGCAGGAGUGUUCUCCCUUGAGGAAUGGGAUGUUGGACUGGCCAGAGGAGUCGAACAUACCAUCCGCCUCAGUGACUCACGACCUUUUCGAGAAAGAUCAAGACGUCUUGCCCCUGCAGAUAUCGAUGACGUGCGAAGCCAUCUGCAGAAACUGCUGGCAGCAGGAAUAAUAAAGGAGUCACGUAGUCCUUAUGCUUCGCCCAUCGUGGUUGCAAGAAAAAAGAAUGGCUCGAUCAGGAUGUGUAUUGAUUACCGCACCUUGAAUGCACGAACAAUCCCUGAUCAAUACACCGUUCCUAGGAUUGAUGAAGCCUUGGAUUGUAUGACAGGAAGCCGCUGGUUUUCUGUAUUGGAUCUUCGAAAUGGCUAUUACCAGAUUGGUAUGGCUGACCAAGACAAGGAGAAGACAGCCUUUAUCUGCCCCCUAGGGUUCUUCCAGUUUGAGCGUAUGCCCCAAGGCAUUACAGGAGCCCCGGCUACCUUUCAACGGUUAAUGGAAAAGGUUGUUGGAGACAUGAACCUCCUGCAAUGUUUAGUAUACCUGGAUGACCUAAUAGUGUUCGGCCGGACACUAGAGGAACAUGAGGAACGUCUCCUCAAAGUAUUGGACCGACUACAAGAAUAUGGUCUGAAGGUGUCUAUUAAUAAGUGUCAGUUCUGUCAACCUCAGGUCAAGUAUGUUGGCCACAUUGUGUCUGCUUCAGGAAUUUCUACUGACCCAGAAAAAAUUAAAGCAGUCCUUAACUGGGAGCAGCCUACGGAUCUUAAGAGUCUUCAGUCGUUUUUGGGUUUCUGUGGCUACUACAGAAGAUUCAUUGCCAACUACUCUUCCAUUGUGAGACCCCUGACAGACUUAACCAAAGGCUACCCUCCUGUUAACAAAGGACAGAAAGCAGUUGACUCCAAUUCAGUCUACCUUAAAAAAUCUGAACCCUUUGGAGACAGGUGGACUUUGGCCUGUACUACUGCUUUUAAGAAAGUAAUACAGUGCCUUACAAAUGCGCCGGUCCUGGCAUUUGCCGAUCCAACUAAGCCCUACAUAUUGCAUGUAGAUGCCAGCUUUGAUGGGCUAGGUGCUGUGCUCAACCAGGAACAUCCAGAAGGAUUGCGUCCUGUAGCCUUUGCCAGUCGAAAGCUGAGAAACUCUGAGAGAAACUAUCCGGUCCAUCAACUCGAGUUCCUCGCACUCAAGUGGGCUGUGGUCGAUAAGUUACACGAUUACUUGUACGGAGCCAAGUUCACUGUGAGAACCGACAACAACCCACUGACCUAUGUCCUUACUACGGCCAAACUUAGUGCUGCAGGUCAUAGAUGGUUGGCUGCCCUGUCCACCUAUGAUUUUGGCAUUCAGUACCGACCAGGCAGGGAGAAUAUUGAUGCCGACCUGCUUUCCAGAAAUGCAAACUCUGAAGAGGAGGGGUGGAUACCCCCAUCUGGAGUGAAAGCCCUAUGCAAAACUGUAAGUGUUGCUGGGGUCUCUGAAAACAUGCGGUGUGUGGAUCAACUGGGUGUAUCUCCAUCCGCUAUUCCUGAUCUGUAUGUGUACCCCAUCUCUCUUGGUGAGAACCCAGUGCAACAGUUCAGUAUGACAGACCUAAAAAAUGAACAAGACUCAGACAAAGCUAUUGGAAAGAUUAAAAAUGAGAUAAAAUCUGGAAAUUGGCCCUGUAGCUUCCAGACGGAUCAUCAGGAGGCCAUUCUGCUACAGCGAGAAAAGGAAAAGUUGCAGAUAAAGAAUGGACUGAUGUAUAGGAGAACUUUAAGGCCUACAGGGAAGGAAGUGUUCCAGUUGGUGCUUCCACCAAAACAUCGGCUUCAAGUAUUAAAGCAGUUGCAUGAUGACUUUGGGCACCUUGGUAUUGAAAAAACAACCGAGUUGGUGCGGAAUCGGUUCUAUUGGCCGAAAAUGGCACACGACAUUGAGCAUUAUGUCAAGACCUGUGGGGUAUGCGUGGCUCACAAGACCUUGCCUCGCAAAACCAGUCCCCUACACCAGAUCACAAGUCGGGGCCCAUUAGACUUGGUCUGUAUAGACUUCCUGUCAAUCGAGCCAGAUUCUCGUGGGGUGGCCAAUGUUCUCAUUAUUACUGACCAUUUUACUCGGUAUGCUCAGGCCAUACCCACCAGCAACCAAAGAGCUACUACAGUUGCUAAAGUUCUGCUAGAAAAGUUCUUUGUGCACUAUGGUCUGCCAUGCCGAAUCCACUCUGACCAAGGUCGUGAUUUUGAGAGUUUACUGAUCAAAGAGCUCCUUAAUAUGCUGGGGAUAAAGAAAUCAAGAACUACACCCUAUCAUCCCCAGGGAGAUCCCCAGCCAGAGCGCUUUAAUCGUACUCUCUUGUCUAUGUUGGGCACUCUCGAGCCAAAGGACAAACAAAAAUGGAGUCAGCAUGUGGCCUCUAUGGUUCAUGCUUAUAACUGUACUCGUAAUGAGGCCACAGGAUAUUCACCAUACUUCCUGAUGUUUGGCCGGGAGGCUCGCCUGCCUGUGGAUGUGUGUUUUGGUUUGUCUCAAGCUGGAGAAGAAGUCAUGAAACAUCAUCAAUAUGUGAACAAACUGAGAAAAGAGCUACGUCAUGCUUGCCAGCUUUCGACUGAGGCUUCCAACAAGAAUCAUCAGAAAAACAAGAGAAGCUAUGAUAGCAGGGUAUGUGCUCAGAACCUGGAGGAAGGAGAUCGGGUUCUUAUUCGAGCCUUGGGAAUCCCUGGAAAACACAAGUUAAAGGAGAAGUGGAAUCUGCAACCUUAUGUGGUUGUUGGGAAGCUCCCUAACUUACCUGUUUAUCGGGUAAAACCCGAAAGUGGACGAGGUGUAGUAAAGACUCUCCACAGAGACCAUCUGCUACCAAUAGGGUUUCUGGUGAGGAUUCCAGAAAUCCCUGAAAGAAGCUCCCUGCCUCAGAGACCUUCCACCAGAUCCACUGAUGUAUCUACAGCAAAGUAUGAGGUGCAGCAUCCCGCAGAGGAAGUGAGAGAUGAAGAUUCUGAAGAGGAGGAAGACGUCUCUCAGCAGUUCUGCAGAGGAGUUGUCCAGGAUGCCUGGUUAACACGUCCUCCAACGGUCCAGUUAUUGACCCUUGCUAAUGACAGAUCUGAUGUCAUCUCGGAAGGAGAUCUUGGUGGACCACCUCUGUCAUGCAAUGAGGAGGGAUUGCUUGAUCACUACGCAGUUGUAGAAGAGGACCCUGUGGCGGACACAGGGCUGGAGGUGGGAGACGUCCCAACAUCUAGUGUGUCUGAUGAUGAAAUUAACUCUACCUGUGUUCCUGCUACUAAACGACUGGUUAAGCCUGUCAUCCGACUGAGCUACGACGAGCCGGGAAAGCCCACGGACAAGCCAUUGGUCAUUGUGCACAGGGGGGACCGCGAAUGGACCGAGAGUGACGCGUUCGGUGAGCUGAAGGCCAGGGUUUUACCAAGGAGACGGUGGACCCGGAGAGACCUGCUGCACCUGCGUUGGGCCGCGGUUUGGAUUUUCCUUGCCUUCGUGGAUAACGUAGUGCGGGGUUCGACUGCUUUCAGGAGACAGGAGUCGUCGGGAACUUACCUACAUCAGUCGCUGUGGGUUGAGGACCCGGGUGCUUGGCUAAAGUGGGCCAUGCCCCCGCAGUUUGUGGUCUACCCAGAGGGCCGUGCCAGAGCACUCGUGUGGGGGUGUGUGGUCAGUCCAAUCAGGAUGGGGCAAGAACAGGGCAAGGAGACCAUGUGA